AAUUUGACUUUUUUUUUUUUACUUUUUUACUCUGGCAGCUCACUCUCCCGCUGACUGACUUCUGACUGACUUCUCUAUAACACUUUAAUCCUCGUGUUCAUCAUUACAUUACAUUACAUUACAUUACAUUACAUUACAUUUGGCAGACGCUUUUGUCCAAAGCAUCACUGUGGGAGUAUCUGAGAGCCACCAGGAUUAUUUAACUAGGAUUAUUUAUUAGAUUUUUUUUAUUUGAGUUGAUGAUUUGCCCUCUUCUUGUCUUUUUAGAUAAGUGUUAAAUUUAACAACAAGAUUGUCACAUUAAUCGUCAAAUCUUUACUCUAUUCACUCACAACAGACUAAAUAAAGAGAACGCUCGGCAUGGAUGGGUUACUGCCAGCAUUGUCUGAUGCGCAUGCGUGGCAGCAGGAGUUUGUUUCCACCCUCUCUACCUGAGAGUAGCGCACCUGGAUCCAACGAGACGGAAGUGGUGAGUCAGGAUUGGCUGGAACUCGCUGUGGGGUUUACGUGGACGCUUCGCCAGGUUGUGGGUCAGCUGGACUUCUGCUUGGAAUAACACUCGGGACCUUACCUCGAUGAAAUUGUGGAUUAGUCAUGUUUUUACUGGCGCACAGCUCGCUUCUACAGUGUUGUGGGUUCAGCACUCAGUGAUGUUACUCAGAGGGCGUGUGCCAGGUGAAGCUUUAUCUGCAACAAUUUAAACACACACGCCUCUGUGUUCCUUCCCACCACAGAAGGAUGACUGUGCUCCGCAGGCUGCUGCGCAGGCGCCUGCAUCCAUGGAAGCUUGCCAUGGUGGCCCUGGUGUUCGUGACAUUUUUGUUCCUAAUGCAGAGAGAGGUGGUCAGUCAGAGCCCUCAGGAGGAGGAGCCGUGGCUGAAGGGGAUCGUGGGGAAAAGGGACGCCGUGCUGGGCAUGGUAAUGGGGGCGGUGAAUAACUUCAGGGAUGCCAUGCCAAAGAUGCAGAUUAGGGCCCCUGUCAGGCAGCAGGAGAGCGGUGGCAGCCAGCCGUGUCUGUCCGGCUACUACACGGCCGCUGAGCUGAGACCUGCUCUGGAAAGACCCCUGCAGAACCCCAGUGCACCGGGGGCCUCGGGAAAGCCCUUUCACACGGACAACCUGAGCCCGGAGGAGCAGAAAGAGAAGGAGCAGGGCGAGGAGAAACACUGCUUUAACCUGUACGCUAGUGACCGCAUCUCACUCAGCAGAGACCUUGGGCCUGAUACCAGACCUCCAGAAUGUAUAGAGCAGACAUUCCGGCGCUGCCCGCCCUUACCGACCACAAGUGUGAUCAUCGUCUUCCACAACGAGGCAUGGAGCACAUUACUGCGGACGGUCUACAGCGUGCUGCACACGUCUCCUGCACUGCUACUCAAGGAGGUCAUCCUGGUGGAUGACGCCAGCAUAGACGGGCGACUGAAGGGAGAGUUGGACGAAUACCUGAAGCAGCUACACAUUGUGCGUGUCGUGCGGCAGCUUGAAAGGAAAGGUCUCAUCACUGCUCGUCUGCUGGGAGCUUCCGUUGCCACCGGCGACACGCUCACCUUCUUGGACGCCCACUGUGAGUGUUUCCAUGGUUGGCUAGAGCCUUUGCUGGCCAGGAUAGCAGAGAACUACACAGCAGUGGUGAGCCCAGACAUCACCACUAUCGACCUGAACACAUUUGAGUUCAUGAAGCCUUCUCCCUAUGGGCAGAAUCAUAACCGGGGCAACUUUGACUGGGGCUUGUCUUUUGGCUGGGAGAGUCUGCCCGACCAUGAAAAACAGAGACGCAAAGACGAGACCUACCCCAUCAAAACACCAGCAUUUGCUGGAGGACUGUUUUCCAUCUCUAAAGAUUAUUUUUACCACAUUGGGAGCUAUGACGAGGAGAUGGAGAUCUGGGGAGGGGAGAACAUUGAAAUGUCUUUCAGGGUGUGGCAGUGUGGGGGUCAGCUGGAAAUCAUCCCCUGUUCCAUCGUGGGCCACGUGUUUCGCACCAAGAGCCCUCACACUUUCCCCAAGGGCACGCAGGUGAUUGCCCGCAACCAGGUGCGGCUGGCCGAGGUCUGGAUGGACGACUAUAAGGAGAUUUUUUACCGCAGGAACCAGCAGGCCUCACAGAUGGCUAAAGAGAGAUCCUUCGGAGACGUCUCCAAGCGCUUAGACCUCCGGGAGAGGCUACAGUGUAAGAGCUUCUCCUGGUAUUUGAAGAACGUGUAUCCUGAGGUCUUCAUGCCUGAUCUCAACCCACUGCAGUUUGGCGCGAUCAAGAAUAUAGGGAAGGACUCAUGUCUGGAUGCUGGAGAGAACAAUGAAGGAGGGAAGACCCUCAUCAUGUACCCCUGCCAUGGCAUGGGAGGCAACCAGUAUUUUGAAUAUUCAACGCACCAUGAAAUCAGACACAACAUUCAGAAGGAGCUUUGUUUACAUGGGAAGGAUGGAGCAGUGAAACUAGAAGAAUGUCAAUAUAAAGGCCACAACACUUUCGCUGGAGCUGAACAGAAAUGGGAGCUGCGGGAGGAUCAGCUGUUUUAUAACGUGGCCUGGAAGCUGUGUCUCAGCGCUCGCUAUGAAAACCCUUCUCUAGUCACCUGCAGCUCAGCAGACAGAUACCAGCUGUGGGCUUUUACCUGAGAGGACAUGACACUGACACACACACUCACACAUACUCACACAUACAUCACACUGCACAUUAUAGUCGCUGAACGCCAGAACCAGAGAGUUUUAAUUUAUUUUUAUAUGUGAAGUUACUGCUGCUGGAAGUAGUAUGUAUACAGUACACAAACACAUCAGCAAAGCACCUUCAGGAAGGAUGCUGAAGAUUUACAGUGAAGAUUUCUGAAUAUUCAAUUUUGAGUUUCUCCUUCCUUUGUGUUCCCAGAAGGACUGCUACCCUUUCUUCUGGAACAGAACAUGAUCAUGUGAUCAGAGGCCUUUUAAAUGUUUUUAUCUCAAGUAUCAUGCACAUUUGAAUUCACCAAAGACUUUGUAAGAGUAUUUAUAAGCCCAGAUUUCACUAAGUGCAAUUUCUUUUUCCCUAUGCACUACAGAUUAUUUCUUAAAAAAGAUUCCUGUUUAUACUCCAGACAGAUUGUGGGUAUAUUCAGGAUAUAUUCGCCCUCCUGAUCACACAUUUCAAUGAUGUUGACAUCUGACAUUUCUAGGUUUUAUAUAAAUUAAAUGCUGUAAACAUUGUACAAAUUUCUUUGAACCCAGUGUAAUGGCCACAUGCUCAUGAUUUGCAUUGUUACAAAAAUUUGAUUAAAUUGAAUCCGAUGUGUUUUUUCUUUUAAUAUGAAGAGAAAUAUAUCCCGGUAAUAGUCUUUUUUUUUGUUUCUUUUUUUUUUUAAAUUGAAAGUAUUUAGUCCAGCUUAGUUUGGAUGGCCUUUUCUGUCAGUGAGGAGGAACAUUUGUAGGUUGUCAUUUUCAACAGAAGAGGGCGCGCUACACAAAGCUUUGUGUCUGAAUUUCAGUUGGGAGGCCUGUCAUUGGUGCAAAACAAUAGAUCAAAAACUGCAGUGUCAUUUUAAGCCCUUUGUUUUUGUCUACAAGAAAAUAAAAAAUAAUAUUUUUGAA